AUGGGUUGCGGAAUGAGUACGGAGGAGAAGGAGGGCAAGGCUCGCAACGAGGAGAUUGAGAACCAGCUUAAGCGUGAUAAGAUGAUGCAGCGCAACGAAAUCAAGAUGCUUCUUCUGGGUGCUGGUGAAUCUGGAAAGUCGACCAUCUUGAAGCAGAUGAAGAUCAUCAACGAGGGCGGUUACUCGCGCGACGAGCGAGAGUCAUUCAAGGAAAUUAUCUUCAGCAACACUGUUCAGUCCAUGCGCGUCAUUCUCGAAGCUAUGGAAUCCUUAGAACUUCCAUUAGAAGAUCAGCGAAUGGAGUAUCACGUUCAGACGAUCUUCAUGCAACCUGCUCAGAUCGAAGGUGACGUGUUACCUCCUGAGGUUGGUAACGCAAUCGAGACUCUGUGGAAAGACCGUGGUGUCCAAGACUGUUUCAAGCGGUCGCGUGAGUAUCAAUUGAACGAUUCUGCAAGAUAUUACUUCGACAACAUUGCCCGAAUUGCUGCCCCUGACUACAUGCCUAAUGAUCAGGAUGUCCUUCGAUCUCGUGUCAAGACAACCGGUAUCACUGAGACAACCUUCAUCAUUGGUGAUCUAACUUACCGAAUGUUCGACGUUGGUGGCCAGCGAUCAGAACGUAAGAAGUGGAUUCACUGCUUCGAGAACGUCACCACCAUUCUGUUCUUAGUCGCUAUCUCUGAGUACGAUCAGUUGCUCUUCGAAGACGAGACGGUAAACCGUAUGCAGGAAGCUUUAACCCUAUUCGACUCGAUCUGCAACUCCCGAUGGUUUAUUAAGACCUCUAUUAUCCUCUUCCUGAACAAGAUUGAUCGAUUCAAGGAGAAGCUUCCCGUCAGCCCAAUGAAGAACUACUUCCCCGACUACGAAGGUGGCGAUGACUACGCGGCCGCUUGUGAUUACAUCCUUAACCGAUUCGUCAGUUUGAACCAGCACGAAACAAAGCAGAUCUACACGCAUUUUACAUGUGCAACAGAUACGACACAAAUUCGCUUCGUUAUGGCUGCAGUUAAUGACAUAAUCAUCCAAGAGAACCUGCGUCUAUGCGGCCUUAUCUGA